AUGAAUAUAUUAUACAAAAAAUUAUUUGCUAAUGCUAAUAUAACUAGUAAAAGAUUUCUUCUCUUUAAUAAUGUAAUUUUAAAAAAAAGAGAAGGCUACCUCUUACAAAAAAGGAAUUUAAUUUUUUUUAAAAAUGAUAAGAAUGAUAUCAUAAAGAAUGAAAUUGAAGAAAUUUUAAAAAGAAACGGCGAUGAUAUCUGUGCCUUAUACGAAAAAAAUAAGAACGAUAAAUAUAAUGAACAGAAAUAUAGGGAACAAGAAAAAUUUAUACAUAAAAAGGGAAAGUUUAAGAGAUUAUUCUUAUUUAUUGGUUUUCAAAGUAUACCUAUUAUUGCCUUAAUGUAUUUAUUUAAAUAUAUAGAAGAAGUAAAACUAAACGAACUUAACUUUAAAUUUGAUUCUUCUGAAGAUAUAAUUAAUGAAGCAAUAAAAUUAAUUAAUGGAUCAUCCUUAUGUUUUUGCUUAUAUUUUGAUAAAAAUGUAAUAAAUACUGUUUAUAUCGAACCACUAAAUCCAGAAAAUGCAGAAAUUAAUUAUGAAAGGUAUAAUAAAGAAAUAGCUAGCUCUUCGUUUUCAAAUUCAGAGUAUGAAAUAAAAAAAAAAAAUGAAAAAAUUAUGAACGGGUCAGGUAAUCAAAUGAUAAAAAAGAAUAAUGAAGAAAUAAAAAAUAUGAACAGAUCAGGUCAAAUUAAUAAUAAUGAGAACGAAAAAAAUAAAAAGGUGCUUAACGAUACAAAUGUAGAAGAAAAAAAUAGUACAAACAACAACAACAAUAAUAAUAAUAAUAAUAAUAAUAACAAUAAUAAUAAUAACAAUAAUAACAACAAUAAUAAUAAUAAUAAUAAUAACAAUAAUAAUAAUAAUAAUAACAUUAUUGGUGGUACCAAUUCAAGUGAUAGCUUAAAGAAUUUAUUAUAUUCCUUAAAUAAACCGUUAAUGCAAGAAAUGAUGUGUAGUAAAGGUUCAAUGGAAGUACCAUUAAAUUAUAUGUACUUUUGUAUUAGCAAAAAUACGGAUAUAUAUGAUUAUAUAAAAAAUAAAAAUAAAGACAUCAGCUUAUUGUAUUCUGAUGAAAAAAAAAAUGUAUAUGCCACGUUAACAGGGAAUGCUUCCAUAAUAGAAAAUGAAGAUAUUAAAAAUAUUAUAUGGACAGAUAAAUGGAGAUAUUUGAUAUCUGGUGACUAUAAGGAUAAUUAUAUUUUAAUAAAGUUCACACCUUCUACUGUAUUACUUAAAACUAUAGGAUUAAAAAAUGAACAUUGGAAAAGUAAUAUUGUUAGGAGAUCCAUAAUAAAUGAUAAAAUUUCAUGGGUCAAAAUUUGA